AUGCUUACCAAGGCGGGUACUCUGAGUCUGACGCGUUCGGCCAGUCGAGUGUGGGUGAACCCUAAACACCAUGGCCCACGAGCAGUCGAGCGUAAUGGACAGGCGAACUCGGUUGAGCCUGCGCAAGCGCAGACUGCCCGCUUAGAUGGUGCACAAGACGACCAGGCUCCCCCGUCCGAGUCUGCCCCUCCUGCCUCGUCAUCGUCAUCGUCGUCCUCAGGCGAUGAUCCCUCUGACGGAGCAAGCUCCCCACCGCCACCGCCCCCGGAUCCUCCAACUCCUCCGCAAACAUCCAUAUCUAAGCAGUCGGUGCCAGAGGUAUACCCCCAGGUUCUUGCGCUGCCGAUCGCGCGGCGUCCUCUAUUUCCCGGUUUUUACAAGGCUGUCGUGGUACGGAAUCCUGCUGUUGUUGCUGCCAUUAAGGAGAUGAUGCGCCGAGGCCAACCGUACCUAGGUGCGUUCCUUCUGAAGGACGAGCACACGGACAGCGACGUGAUAAGCGACAUAAACUCGGUGCACCCCGUCGGCGUCUUCGCCCAGAUUACGAGCGUGUUUACGGCAGGCGGUAAGGAGGACGACAAGGAAGAGGGACUGACGGCGGUGCUGUACCCGCAUCGGCGAAUCAGAAUUACGGAGUUGGUCAAGGGCGGAGGUGCAAAGGUCGAGGACUCCGAGGAGUCUCUUCCUACUCCCCCUCCAGAGCCUAUGAGUCCAGCGCCCCUCCAGACGUCCUUCCUGCAGAACUAUGCGGUAUCCGUCGUCAAUGUUGACAACCUGGUUACGCAGCCCUACAACAAGGAUGACCAGUACAUUCGCGCGUUUAUGUCGGAAAUCGUCUCUGUAUUCAAGGACAUCGCCCAGCUCAAUCCGCUAUUCCGUGACCAAAUUACCAAUUUCUCGAUCAACCAGGUAGCGUCAAACGUGUUUGACGAGCCAGACAAGCUCGCAGACUUUGCCGCCGCAGUGUCCACGGGUGACGUGAACGAGCUGCAAGAUGUGCUGGAGAGCCUGGUCGUGGACGACCGCUUGCGCAAGGCGUUGCUGGUCCUCAAGAAGGAGCUCAUAAACGCACAACUGCAGAGCAAAUUGGCACGCGAUGUGGACAGCAAGAUUGCGAAGCGCCAACGCGAAUACUACCUUAUGGAGCAGCUCAAGGGCAUCAAGAAAGAACUGGGCAUGGAGUCUGACGGGAAGGACAAGCUGAUCGAGAAGUUCAAGGAGCGCGCCGCCGCCCUGAUGAUGCCUGAGCCUGUUCGCAAGGUGUUCGACGAGGAGCUGAACAAGCUGAUGCACCUCGAGCCCUCUGCGUCUGAGGCCAACGUAACUCGGAACUACCUCGAGUGGCUUACGCAGAUCCCCUGGGGCCAGCAUUCGCAAGAGAACUACUCCAUCGCGCACGCGCAGCAGGUGCUGGACGAGGACCACUAUGGGCUGAAGGACGUCAAGGACCGCAUCCUGGAGUUCCUUGCGGUCGGCAAGCUGCGCGGCACGGUUGAGGGCAAGAUCAUCUGCCUUGCGGGUCCGCCGGGAGUGGGCAAGACGUCGAUCGGCAAGUCGAUCGCGCGCGCACUGGAUAGGCAGUUCUUCCGCUUCUCGGUUGGUGGUUUGACGGAUGUUGCUGAGAUCAAGGGUCACCGACGGACUUAUGUUGGCGCGCUACCGGGCAAGAUCAUCCAGGCUCUGAAGAGAGUUGGCACGGAGAAUCCCUUAGUGCUCAUUGAUGAAGUCGACAAGAUUGGACGGGGUAUCAAUGGUGAUCCUGCGAGCGCCUUACUGGAGAUGCUUGAUCCCGAGCAGAACACGGCGUUCUUGGACCACUACAUGGAUGUUCCAGUUGACCUCUCGCGGGUUCUCUUCGUUUGCACGGCUAACGUUCUCGACACGAUCCCGGCACCUCUACUGGACCGUAUGGAGAUACUUGAAGUCAGCGGAUAUGUUUCGGAAGAGAAGGCUGUCAUCGCCGAUAAAUACCUCGGCCCUCAGGCGAAAGAGGCGUCUGGACUCAAGGAUGCUGACGUCCAGCUUGAUCCCGCUGCUGUCGAUACGCUCAUCAAGUACUACUGCCGAGAGAGUGGUGUACGGAAUUUGAAGAAGCACAUCGAGAAGAUUUACCGCAAGGCGGCGCUCAAGCUCAUUCAGGACCUGGGCGAGGACGCCUUCCCUGAAGUUGCCGUUUCUCAACAGGCUAAGGAUGAAGACAAGACGGUCGAGAAGCAGGACGCUCCCCAAAGUACCCCUUCUGCUCCCGAGACGGCAGUCCCAAAGCAAGAGCAGGCAGAGGAGCCGAGCGAGCGGAAGGUCACAACUGAGCAGCGUAAGCCGCUCAAGGUACCUGAUACAGUGCACGUCCGCAUCACGCCUGAGAACUUGAAGGAGUACGUCGGGCCCCCAGUCUACUACAAGGACAGGAUGUAUGUCAAGACGCCGCCUCCCGGUGUGAGCACCGGGCUGGGCUAUCUGGGUAAUGGCUCUGGCGCUGUUAUGCCAAUCGAGGCGACGACAAUGCCUGGCAAAGGUGGUUUGCAGCUGACCGGAAAGCUGGGAGAGGUGAUCAGGGAGAGUGCUCAGAUCGGGAUGAGCUGGGUGAAGAGCCAUGCUUAUGAUCUAGGCAUCACGUCGACGCCGGAUGAACAGUUCCUAGUGGACCGGGAUAUUCACUUACAUAUGCCCGAAGGGAGCAUCGGAAAGGAGGGCCCCAGCGCAGGUACUGCCAUCCUGACGGCGCUCGUCUCGCUGUUUACCAAAACACGAGUCAACCCAGAUAUUGCUAUGACUGGUGAGAUCUCGCUUGUGGGCCAGGUGCUCCCAGUCGGUGGGCUGAAGGAGAAGAUUCUGGCCGCGCACCGCGCCGGAAUUAAGACGAUCAUCGCACCUGAGGCUAACCGCCCGGACAUCGAGGAGAACGUACCCGAGAGCGUGAAGACAGGCAUCCGUUUUGUGUACGUGGAGGACGUGCGCGAGGUACUACACGAGGUGUUCCGCGGGGAGCCAGUGACGGAGCGGUGGAAGGACACGCUGUCGCUGUCCGAGUCAUGAUCCUCGGUCGGACUAUUCGUAUGUUCUGUUUGCUGUGUCGGUAAUCGUUAGCAUCUCCUUACAGUAUAGAGCACGUUGGUCACAAGCAACAUACUAUGUAUAUUAGUCCCAUCUGCAAUCCAGCUCAUGUAUCGACAACUA